AUGGGUGUUCCAGCAUUAUUUAGAUGGUUAUCGAGGAAAUACCCCAAAAUUAUAUCGCCAGUGAUAGAGGAAGAUCAAUAUGAGAUAGGUGGUCCUAAAUAUGAUGAUGCAAAUCCAAAUGGAGAAAUUGAUAAUUUGUAUUUAGAUAUGAAUGGUAUAGUUCAUCCAUGUUCCCAUCCAGAACAUAAAAGAGCUCCAGAGACAGAAGAUGAAAUGUUUUUAGAUAUCUUUACAUAUACUGAUAGAGUUUUAAUGAUGGCAAGACCAAGAAAAGUUUUAAUGAUUGCAGUUGAUGGUGUUGCACCCAGAGCUAAAAUGAAUCAACAAAGAGCAAGAAGAUUUAGAUCAGCUCAAGAUGCAAAGAUAAAACAAGAUGCAAUUGAUGCGGAAAUUCGAGAGAAAGAAUUAAGAGGUGAAAUUAUAAAUGAUGCCAUAAAGGGUAAAAAACAAUGGGAUUCAAAUGCAAUUACUCCAGGUACACCAUUUAUGGAUAGAUUAGCUGAAGCCUUAAGAUAUUGGAUUGCUUAUAAACUUAGUAAUGAUCCAGGUUGGGCUAGUUUGCAAGUCAUUAUUAGUGAUGCAACAGUUCCAGGUGAAGGUGAACAUAAAUUGAUGAGUUUUAUACGUUCUCAAAGAUCAGAUCCACAAUAUGAUCCAAAUACUAAACAUUGUAUAUAUGGUUUAGAUGCAGAUUUAAUCUUUUUAGGUUUAGCUACACAUGAACCACAUUUUAGAGUUUUAAGAGAGGAUGUAUUUGCUCAACAAUCAAAAAGAAUGACUAUAAGAGAUCAAGUAGCAAUGACACAAGAAGCUGAUGAAUUAAUACAAGAAAGAGAUAAAAAGAAACCUUUUUUAUGGUUACAUGUGAAUAUAUUACGUGAAUAUUUAGCUGUUGAAUUGUUUAAUCCUCAAAUACCAUUUUCAUUUGAUUUAGAAAGAUCUAUAGAUGAUUGGGUUUUCAUUUGUUUUUUUGCUGGUAAUGAUUUCUUACCACAUUUACCAAGUUUAGAUGUUAGAGAUAACGGUAUUGAUAUUUUAGUUAAUUGUUGGAAGAAUUGUUUACCGACUUUCAAAGAUUAUGUUACAUGUGAUGGGAAAUUAAAUUUAGAUUCAGUUGAAAAAUUGAUGGCAGCAUUAGCUGUUAAAGAAGAUCAAAUUUUUAAAAAUAGACAUGUUGCAGAACAAAGAAGAGAAGAGAGAAAUAAACAAAGGAAAAUAGCUGAAGAACAAGAUAAAGCUUUGAAAAGUGUUUAUUUAUCACAAGUGUCAAAAGGUAAAGAAAAAGCACCACUAGCUCCCGAUAUAAAUAUGCCAUUAAUGGAUACAAAAGGUAAGAUGGUUGAGGGAUAUGCGAAAUUAACAAAUAAUGAAAUUGUAGAAAACACUGCAAUUAUAACAAAGGCAAAUCUAGCAAAUGCUGAUGCUGCUGCAGCUUUGAAAAAAUUGAUAGAUUCAAAGAAAAAUCCUAUAAAUAAAGUUCAAGAUCAAAUAAAUAAUGAUUCACCAACUUCAGAGAGUGAAACUUCAGAAAGUGAAGUACCAGAAAGUGAAUCAACUGAAGACGUAACAAAAGAAUCACCGAAAAAGAGAAAAUUUGAAGAAGUUGAAGAAGAGACUGAUGAUAUUAAAUUAUAUGAACCUGGAUACCAAAAUAGAUAUUAUGAAAUUAAAUUCCAUUGCAAAUCAGAAGACGAAAUUGAAAAAACAAGAAAAGACGUUGUACUUCAUUAUCUUGAAGGUAUUGCAUGGGUAUCAUUAUAUUAUUAUCAAGGUUGUCCAUCAUGGAAGUGGUAUUUUCCUUACCAUUAUGCACCAUUUGCAUCUGAUUUUACAAAUUUAAAAGAUUUGGUCCCCGAUGGAAUUAAAUUUGAUUUAGGUGAACCUUUUAAACCUUAUGAACAAUUGAUGUCUGUCUUACCAGCGGAUUCUCGUCAUACAUUACCAAAAGUUUUUCAUGAUUUAAUGAUUAGUGAAGAUAGUGAUAUUAUAGAUUUUUAUCCAGAAGAAUUCAAAAUCGAUAUGAAUGGGAAAAAAAUGGCUUGGCAAGGUAUACCAUUAUUACCUUUUAUUGAUGAAAAAAGAUUAUUAGACUCAGUUCAGGCAAAAUAUAAAUUAUUAACUGAAGAUGAAUUAAAUAGAAAUAUAAACAAACAAGCUGAAUUAUUUAUAUCGCCACGAAAUAAAAAUUAUAACAAGUUCCAUGAAAAAUUAUAUAAAGAUAAUGAAAAAGAAGUUUCAUUUAAAUAUGCUAAAAGUGGUUUAGCUGGUACAGUUUUAAAAUAUGAAAAAUUUCAACCAGAAAGUAUACUAAGAUAUCCAUUAAAAGAAGGUAAUAUGCCAAAUGUUAAGAAUAAUGAAUAUUUUCAAACUUAUUAUAAUUUUCCGGAAAAGAAAACUGGUAAAUCAAUGAUUCUAAAUGGUCAUAUAUCUGCAAUACCUGCAUUAACUACUGCAGAUAAAAACAAUUUGAUUUAUCAAUUAUCUAAACCUAGUCAUAUGAGUAGAUUUACAACUGCAGAUGAAAAUAGAGAAUAUAUAAAUACAGGUCCAGCAGGUAAAGAAUUAUUUAAAUGUUAUUCAAUGAGACGUGGUGGUUAUAGAUCAUAUAUGAUAAAUUUACAAAAUGGAGGUAUGCCACCAGUUCAACCACGAAAUCAAUCUUAUAGAAAUCCACGUAGUCAAACUUUUAACAACGCCCAAUAUAAUAACAAUAGAUAUAAUAAUCAACAAAAUGGUGCAAGGUCAGGUUAUCUUCCACCUAGAAAAUAA